UGUGCUCUCAGCUACCACUGUACUUCCACUCCCGAGCCAACCAACCCCACGUAACUCAAAUUGAAUCUUGUUCUCAUCUCCGAUUCAGUCGACCCUUGCAGUUUCAUUCACAAAAUGGCUCCUACUCAUCGUCGUGGACCUUGGGUGCCUGAGGAAGACCAGUUGCUACUCCAGUUGGUUCGUGAACAAGGCCCCAACAACUGGGUCCGUAUCUCUCAACACAUGCACUACCGCUCUCCGAAGCAAUGUCGGGAGCGAUUCCACCAAAACCUGAAGCCCUCACUGAACCGCGAGCCUAUCUCCGCUGAAGAAGGCUUGAUGAUCGAGCGCAUGGUGAACGAGAUGGGCAAGCGGUGGGCUGAGAUUGCACGACGCUUGGGGAACCGUAGCGACAAUGCCGUCAAGAAUUGGUGGAAUGGCAGCAUGAACCGCAAGAGGAGAGGCCUCCCCACCCCCGGCUCUCCCCACUCCGGACGCACUUUUCACGGACGCAUCGAAGCCCCCUAUGGGCGGGCUUCUCUAGCAUUGAGCAGCCCUGUCAGCCGAUCCCGUUACUCCUCCAUCUCCAGUGAGAGACCGAUGACCUCUUGGACCAAAUCCUCCGCCUCCCGCCGCGAAUCUUCCUCAGCAUCCUCCAUGGACUGCUCGCGGCAGUUGACGCCCAUCUUCACCCUUCCCGCCCUCAAUCGCCCAGUGGAGACGCCUCUGACUUCGCCCACGUACUCAGAGGCCCCAUCAAUGGAGCCACCAUCGAUGGUUUCGGACCACAACUCUGUCUCUUCGUCGCCUAGAACCAUCGCUUCACCUCAAUCGCUUCCUCUGCCGGUGGACAUCAGACAUCUCUAUGGCGACGCUCGCCGACAAAGCGCAGCCUCUCUGCUGGCGACGGACGAAAGCUAUCUUACCAAUCCUUACUAUGGACCAAAGACCCUCGAACCCGUUUCAGACCUGUCCUUCAAGCAACGAUGGAUCUCCGAUUACCAGCCGUGGACCCGCCGUUCUUCGUUAUCGCCUACCUGGUCUGUCGCGUCGGAAGAUAAGACCAGUUCGCCGCGCGAUUCCCGCAUGGGUCUUCAAAACCUUCUCAAUUAAUUAAUGAUGGUCCUUUUGUUGUUUUACUGAGAACGAUCGCACGACUUCUUGUUUUCUUUACCCUGAAUCUCCAGCCAAUUCUCUGUACAUUUGUGAACCC